CUCGGUGGGCGGUGACAGCUGGACUCAAAGCCUCGGUAAAAUGCCCCUGCACAUGAAUGUAGUGGCAGCUGGUGCAGAUCUCGACACUGUGUUUUCUGGCUGGUUUGUUUGACCGACUGUUGGAGAUGGAAAUGAAUCAGGACAACAUGCAGAGGAAGCCUGUCCGCCUCAUCGCAGCAGCUUGUAAUAACUCGGGGAUCGGGAAGGAUGGAAAAGUGCCCUGGAAUUUACCAUGUGAAUUCCAGUAUUUUAUGAGCACUAUCACGAGGGUGUCAAGACCAGGCAAGAUGAACAUGAUGGUCUGGGGCAAACAGUGUUGGUUCUCCCACCCAAAAACUUCCUUUCCGAUGGCCAAUAUGAUGCAUGUGGUGCUGAGUACGAAACUGGAUACGGUUCCAGAUCACGCCCACUUCCUUUGUCAAGACUUUGAGAGUGCCGUACGCCUGGCAGCACAGCCCCCACUCGCUGGCCUAAUUGACACCGUCUGGGUUGUGGGUGGAACACGGGUCUACAAGGAUGCGUUGAAGCACCCGUGGUGCGACUUGGUUUACCUAACACAUGUGAUGGCAGACUUUGACUGCGAUGUUUUCUUCCCUGAGUUCGACAGAGGACUAUUUAAAUUGCAAGAAAGAUUUCCUGAUGUACCGAGUGGGAUUCAAGAGGAGAAUGGCAUCAAGUACAAAUGCCAAGUAUUCAAGAGAGAGAUGAGUGAUGCUGUGUAGACAAGAUCUCAUCAGAAAAUACUCAAAAUCAAGUAUUGCUGAGUAGACUGCAGAGACAUGCCCAAACCAAAACCCCCGGUGUAUCUUUGUAUUUUUUUAUAUAUUAUUAUUAUUUUUAUUUUUAUUUAAUUCAAGGAAAACCAAAGUCUUGUCAAUAUAGUCACUGAGCAUACCAGCUAGAGUAAAUAUGACCUUUGUAAUGCAUCCAAACUGGGGCUGGAGCCUAUCCCAGCUGACUGUGAGCACUGUGAGACACUUGAACCACAGUCCAGUUUGUUUUAUGUGUAUUCACUCUAAUUUUUAAUGCUGUUUAGUUGCUGUUUGAUUAUGAUCAGUUGUGGUAUUUUAAUUUAUUUUUAUUUUUUUUAUCCCCUGCCACCUUCUGCUGUCACCUUGUCACUUGUCAGCGUUCCCAUCUCAUCCUCCCCCUCAGUAUUUUUGUAGCUGCUUGGAAAAUAUGUUUGUCGGUGAGUCAGUCAGCAGCCUACGUCAAUGACAGCCUGUACUCCGGGUAGUACGGCAGAUCUGGUUUGUUCUAAGCCAACAUGACAGAUGCCAGUUUUGUUGUUUUGAUAAUGACUGUGUUGUUUACAUACAUAUAGAGAUGUUACAUCUUUAAUAUUUUUGUUGUUUGCAGUUGUAAGACAUAUUCACUGAUGAAGGGUUUACUGUUGUAUGGACCUUUUUAACAAAAAUAUUUAACUGUACAUAUUUUAUGAAGGAACAACUGACAUUUUGUGACUUUUUAAUAAAAUUUGCCUCAUUCA